AUGGCUGAGAAGAAUAGCUCUAAGAAGGUGACUACUAAGAAGCCGGCCGCCCACCCACCGGCUGCCGAGAUGGUUGCUACAGCAAUCACCGAGUUGAAGGACCGCAAUGGCUCUUCGCUGCAAGCAAUAAAGAAGUAUAUCGCUACCAAUUUCGAUGUGCAGAUGGACCGACAGCUGCUAUUCAUCAAGCGGGCCCUAAAGUCUGGCGUGGAGAAAGGAAAACUAGUGCAGACGAAGGGGAAAGGAACUUCGGGUUCUUUCAAGCUGAAUGUGCAGGCGGCCAAGGCACAGGCGUCGGAGAAGGCCAAGAAGGAGAAGGAGAAGGCAAAAACUGCUAGCACAGCGUGA